AUGGCAGAACUGAGUUUGGGAAUUCUAAUUGAUAUUGUUGAUGAAGAAUGGAUGAGAGACACUCUACCUGAUGAUGAUCUUCCCCUUCCCCCAACACUGGUUGUAAGGACAGAUGAUACUGAGGACUCAAAUCAGGAGACUCAACAAGUCAAUGCAGAUGCUUGGCACGAUCUUGCCUUGGGUCAAGAAUAG